AUGGAUCAGAACAAUAACAUGAACAAGUUCUUCAACUCGUCGUUCUUUGCACAGACACCCCAGAAGGAUAAUAAGCCGGGGCAGUUUUCCGGGAUACAGCAGCCUUCUAUUUUUGGGCAAACACAGUCUGGGUUUAGCGGAGCCCAGAAUCCUUUUCUCCAGGGAUCCGGAGGGAUGAAGAGUAACACGUUUGGGACUUCAACGCCGUUUGGAGGUACCUCUACAUUUGGAGGAGCGACUUCUAACUCUGGGGGAUUUGGACAGCCUUUUUCGACCCAACAGCCUUCAACUUCAUUGACAAGAUUUGGGACUGGAGGAACACUUGGAACAGGAAAUAAUAUAUUUGGAGGAACAGCUAACACAAUAGGAACGAAUCCAACGCAGUUUGGGGGAUCGGGAAAUACUUCUACCUUUGGGACUCAGCAGCAAGUCAAUAAUAACACCUUUGGGUCUGGAGUUCCAAAUUCAUUGCAGCCUUUUUCGAUGGGGGCCUCAACAGCAACACAACCCAGCAUAUGGGGACAACAAACAACCUCUUACAAUCCCUUUGGUAGUAGCCAAAACUCCUCUUUUUCUAACGACAGAAGUAACGCCUUGGGAAAGGGAUUUCCUGGGCUUGGUGGAGGGAAUUCUGGAACCCGAGAUCAUCCCUACAUGCAAAGGAAGAUUAGGGAAGAUAAUGGAGGAGAAGUUACCUUGAUGCACAUCAACGGUAACGAGGGUUACACACAAAAGUCUGUCGAUGAACUUAGGGCAGAAGAUUAUAUACUUGGAAGAAAGCCACCUACUGGAAGCAGCUUAGCAGAACCCAAGAGCAUUCCAGGAUUUGGAUCGUCUUUUGGAGGUCCGGUGCCUUCCUCUAUAGACAGUAAGCCUCAGAGUAGCAAUAUUUUUGGAGCUACUCCUUCAAACAAUUCAUUCCAGCCAUUUAUUUCAACAGGAAACUCAAAAGUCUUACAAGGGCCUACUAAUCCAGGUUUUGGAAAUACGGUUGCACAACAGCCAUUUGCAUCCCAAGCAAUUUCUCAAAGUACGCCGAGCCAGCCCUUUGGAACAGCAGCACAAGCUCUUCCCUCAACAAACUCAAAUCCAUUUCUUCAGACACCACAGCAACCUCAGUCAUUGUUCGGAUCUGCCGGAACAUCCCCGCAAACGCCAGCUUCGGGUGGUCUCUCAUUUAUGCAGCCACCCACGGCACCUGUGCAGCAGCCCUUUGGAGGUGGAAUGGCCUCUCUUGGGACCUGUGGGCAACAGAAUACACAGCAGACAAAAAUAGAUCCAUCUGAUCCCUUUCUCUUGAAAGAUAUCAAGUUUGAGAAGACCGAGAAAGAACAUCUUCCAUUGAGCAAGGUGCUUCCAAAGCCUAUGUUUAAGGAGGACUUAAAGCCACAGAAGAUAUCUCUGAAAUUCCGCCCUCCAAAGCCUCCUGCAAAAGAGAAGAUAUAUACUAUUCCUCCGAUAGAAGAUAUCAAGCACAUGAAGGAAGUUCACAAUUUGAUUAUAGGAUUUGAAGACAAGGGAAGGAUAGAGUAUCUUGACACAGUGAACGGAUCCGAUGUCACCAUGGCGAAUAUCCAGUCCAAGAUUUACUUCUCCAAGGAAUCUGUUGUGGUCAACGAUCCUGUUGGAGUGGGCCUUAAUAGGAGAGCCCGUGUAUAUGUAGAAGGAGUGUUUCCAUAUAGUAGAAGCUUAGGAGACUAUGUUAGAGGUGAGCAGAAACAGUUUCCGCUAAAAGGAAUCCAGGAAAGGUUUCUGUAUGGUUUGAAGAAUGACACGGUUAAGAAAUUUGUUGGAUAUGAGUAUGAAAGGGGGACAUACGUCUACGAUGUUAACCAUUUCUGA